AUGUCUGUCGCCGAAUCUCUCCGAGAGUUUGUGACCGAGCGGCUCGCUGCUGCUACUGAAGACAUUUUGGGAGUUUUUAACAGAACUGUGGUCCAGUACGAGGAAGAGCUGGACCGUCAACGCAGACUGCUGGAUUUGGUUUGGAAACCUCACAUUCUCUUACACAGAAUCGGUAAGAAGAGCCAAGUUUAGACUGAAUAAUGAAGCAGAAGCUCGGUUUAGAUCAGGGCUGCCUCUCCUCUCGGUUUCCAUGUAUAAAUACUGUGAAUAAAUUCGGAGGAACAACCCUGUAUGAGUUCAACAAUAACUGUGCUGUGUUAAUGUGGUGCUAUUGUGUCAGUGGUUCUUAAUCUGCCGUUAACGAUCAGAGGAAGAUCAUGGAGUCCGGGGGACGCUCUCGGACGUUGACCCCGUCCUCUUUUGUUCCCUCGAGCUGUUAUAAUGACCCGGUACCAAAACUCAUCAUGUGUACAGAAAACAGGGGAAAGAAGGGGAAACCUAAGAAUGACAGACAUGUGUGUUGUUGGAAAAAAGGUGGUUUACUGUCAUCUUACGGGUUAGUUUUACGUCCAACUUAUUUGACUCCAACAGGAAGGCCUUAAGUGACUCCUGUACACAAAGCUGAGCCCUUUGAGUUCAUCACAUACCCCCCUGGGUGUCUUUUGUUUGUAUAGAUAUAAACCAGUUUGGCCUCUGUGAGCUCUAUUAAUGGAUACUAUGUUAACUAAUUGCCAUUUUGAUUCUCCUGAAGUACAAAAUGUUUAAAAAGUGCCUGAUGGAUGUACUUCCAAGAUGACGACAAAGUACCUUUUAAAUGCUUUUGUAGUUAAGUAAUGUAGACAGAAUGCCUUCUGACUUUAGUUUUGUGAUCUCAGACAACAGUAGAUGCCCAGUGCACAGCACCAACAGUCCUUUUCACUUUAAGCAGAGGAAGACAGGAUAAACAGCUUCACCUCACAAAUGUGGACUGCUGUAUUCUCAUAAAGUAAUAUUAGUGUUUAAUACAUUUUAUAAUCUUAAUUUUACUCGUUCUCUUUAAGUUACAACUUAUCUUCCUACUCUUUUCUCCAUUGUAUUAAAACUUAUUUUACAUUGUGUUGCUAAUUUUAUGUCGUUUAUCUUGCUAGAGUCUGUCAGUAUUGUACCUCAAUUCUUCAACAUUUUAACUGAAUUGUGUUUAAUGUUACUUCUCAGUCCUGAAAAUAAUACAUCCUUCUCGUGAUUCCAAUUCUCUGUUUUCUGUCCCAUCUCAUUGACAUAUUUACGCUUCUGUGUUCCUGCAGAUCUUCCGCAACAUCAUGACUGUGAAGAGGACGAGGUUGUCUCAGACCUGCAGCCCUGGAACCAGGAGAGGAACUCCAGUCUGGACCAAGAGGACCCAGAGCCUCAACAGAUUAAAGAUGAAGAGGAGGAAUUCUGCACCAGUCAGGACAGAGAGCAGCUUGAACCAAAGCAGGAGACUGAACACUUGAUGUUAACUCUAACCUGUCAGGAAAGUGACAACACUGAACCAGAAGUAAUGAAGGAAGACCAGUUCCUGUCUCACAACUCUGAUGAGGCUGCAAACCAAGAUCCACAGAAAGACAAGCUCACAGAGUCAGAAUCAACUUCAAAAUCAGCCGGACUGCUGGAUUUGGUUUGGAAACCUCACAUUCACUUACACAGAAUCGGUAAGAAGAGCCAAGUUUAGACUGAAUAAUGAAGCAGAAGCUCGCUUUAGAUCAGGGUCAUCAGUUGAAGCUCUAUUUAUUGACUGUAAUGAGUCAAGAAUGAACAACAGAGUCUCAGGGUUCAGAAUUAGCUCGCUGUAGCAAACAGGCAUCUUAGAGGUCUGAGCGCUUCAGAACCCUGACUUAGGUUCCCUUGAACCCUUUAUACACGCCUAUCUGGACAAAGAGUUUGCUGAUCUGGGUGUUGUCUUCGUGUGAAGGCUGGUUCCUUGUUCGUCUUAAACUGUCACACUAGUGGGUCUGUAUGUCCUCUCUGCUCUUUAGAUUUGUGAUCUCAGACAAAAGUAGAUGUCCAGUGCACAGCACCAACAGUCCUUUUCACUUAGUGCAGAGGAAGACAGGAUAAACAGCUUCACCUCACAUAUGAGGACUGAAUCGCUUCUUUUGAUUAAAUCCUCAGUUUCACACAGCACACACAAAAGGACUUCAUCAGGUUUCCUGACUAGUCCACUACACUGAUGUUUUAAACAAGACCGCAGACACACUGGGUGAAGUUGGUUCUUUCUCUUAUUACUCUAUGUUACUACUCUUUUGUUCAUAGUAUUAAAACUUCUUUUACAUUGUGUUGCAAAUUUUAUAUGUCAUUCAUCUUGCUAGAGUCUAUCAGUAUUGUACCUUAAUUCUUCAACAUUUUAACUGAAUUGUGUUUAAUGUUACUUAUCUGUCUUUAAAAUAUUACAUCCUUCUCAUAGAAAGUCUUCAAAUACAAUAAAGUGAUUCCAGUUCUCUGUUUUCUGUUCCAUCUCAUUGACAUAUUUAUGCUUCUGUGUUCCUGCAGAUCUUCCGCAACAACAUGACUGUGAGGAGGACGAGGUUGUCUCAGACCUGCAGCCCUGGAACCAGGAGAGGAACUCCAGUCUGGACCAAGAGGACCCAGAGCCUCUACAGAUUAAAGAGGAAGAGGAGGAAUUCUGCACCGGUCAGGACAGAGAGCAGCUUGAACCAAAGCAGGAGACUGAACACUUGAUGUUAACUCUAACCUGUCAGGAAAGUGACAACACUGAACCAGAAGUAAAGAAGGAAGACCAGUUCCUUUCUCACAACUCUGAUGAGGCUGCAGACCAAGAUCCACAGAAAGACAAGCUCCCAGAGUCAGAAUCAACUUCAAAAUCAGAACAACACCCCCCGAAAAAAGUUCACAAAUUAGGAAGUGAGAAGACAAAACAGCCUAAGGUUCAGUCUGAUCCUCAACAAGGUGAAAAGACUUUUAAAUGUGACACAAAUAGGGAAACAUUUACGAGCAAUUCAAAUUUACAGACACAUGUAAGUGUUCCCACUGUUAAGAAGAAGCAUACUUGUGAGAGGUGUGGGAAGAUAUUCAGAUACAAGUGGUUGCUGACAAAACACGCCAGAACACACACAGGUGAAAGACCAUACUCCUGUGGCACUUGUGGGAAAAGCUUCGGUCAGACUUCAGUUUUAAAAAUGCACAUGCUUAUUCACUCAGGAGAAAAGCUGUUUACCUGUGAAACAUGCGGCAAAUCUUUUUACAAUACAACUAGACUUAAAAUGCACAUGAGAAUACACACAGGUGAGAGACCGUACUCCUGUGGCACAUGUGGGAGAGGCUUCGCUGCAAAUUCAACUUUAAAACAGCACAUGCUUAUUCACUCAGGGGAAAGACUGUUCAUUUGCAAAACAUGCAGCAAAUCUUUUAACAGGAAACAUCAACUAAAACAGCACAUGAGAACACACACAGGUGAGAGACCGUACUCCUGUAACACUUGUGGGAAGAGCUUCUCUUUGAAAUCAAGUUUAAGAAAUCACAUGCUUAUUCACUCAGGGGAAAGGCUGUUCACCUGCAAAACAUGCAGUAGAUCUUUUAAAAGGGAGGAUCAACUGAAACGGCACAUGCAAACACACACAGAUGAGAGACCGUACUCCUGUAGUACAUGUGGGAGAAGCUACGGAACGAAUUCAUAUUUAAAAAAGCACAUGCUUAUUCACACAAGAGAAAUGAUCACCUGCAAAACUGAAAAGCCGUUCAGUUGCAAAACAUGCAGCAAAUCUUUCACCAGCAAAGCUAGCCUAAUACUGCACAUGCAAACACAUACAGAUGAGAGACCGUACUCCUGUAGUACCUGUGGGAGAAGCUUCCGAACGAAUUCAUAUUUAAAAAAUCACAUGCUUAUUCACACAACAGAAAUGAUCACCUGCAAAAUAUGCAGCAAAUCUUUUAACAGGAAGUAUCAACUAAAACUGCACAUGAGAAUACACACAGGUGAGAGACCGUACUCCUGUAACACUUGUGGGAAGAGCUUCACUAUGAAUUCCAGUUUAAAAUUGCACAUGGUUGUUCACUCAGGAGAGAAGCUGUUUACAUGUGAAACAUGCGGCAAAUCUUUUUACAGAAAAACUAAACUGAAAGUACACAUGAGAACACACACAGGUGCGAGACCAUACUCCUGUGGCACCUGUGGGAAAAGCUUCACUCAGACUUCAGGUUUAAAAUACCACAUGCAAAUUCACUCAAGAGAUAAGUAAUCACCUGCAAAACAUGCAGCAAAUCUUUUAACAAGCAGGAUCAACUAAAACUGCACAUGAAAACACACACAGGUGAGAGACGGUAAACCUGUGGCACUUGUGGGGAAAAGUUUUCUCGAAAAACACACUUAGAUCAUCACACCCAAACCCAUAUAGGUAAAAAGCCUGUGGUGCUUAAAGGAAACCAUUAGGCAGGAAGACCUCUUUAGAUGGUCACAGAAGAACCCACACAGGUAAAAUGUGGCAGGUCUGUCAGAUGCCAAAUUCAUAGUAAUGCAUUUGUAUCCUGGUUUCAUAGAAGUGAAACAAACGAGGAUCUAGCAGUAGCACGUAGCAGUAGCAUGUAGUAUCCGAGCGGGCAGUUCGGACGCAGCACCAUAGACAUAAUAAAAGGGUAGACCCCGCUGGGGGUGCUGCGCAGCGAGAAAUGCGGCCGCCAUCUUGGUCAGGUCAAGCUUCCCAUGCGCUCCGGUCAAUCAUAUUCAUUCAUUCAUUCAUUCAGCGAUGCCGGAGCACUGUGCGGCGUAUUCCUGUGCCAACAGGCGGACAGCAGAGAACAGGGCUCAAGGAAUAACUUCUCACAGUUAUGAUUACAUGUUUUUUCAACAUUACACUUGACUGUAGAGUCAUUUGUAGGCCAAAGAGGAAGACUAUCGGUCAACUCCAAAAAGGAAACAGCAUUUGCGAACAGCUAGCUUAUUCACAAUAAUAGCAACUUUGCUCGAUUAUCAACAGAUUUGCAUUAGAUUGAAAAACUUUUGUUUGAGAGAGGUUCUAAGAAACGUUAAGAAAUAAAAUAGAAAGAAGAAGGAAGAAAGUGAGCUCUGUUUUAUUAUCUGUUUUAUUAAAGAUUUCUUUGUGGUGAUCUCCUGUUUCAUUUUGAAGAUUUCCUAAGGACAAAAACUUGAGGAAGAAGUGGGAGAUUGCUGUUAGAGGGAGAAAUUCGCAGCAAGUGAUUCCUCUGUGCUGUGUAGCCAACAAGCAAAUUGAUAUGUAGUUUAGAUGCUGUCCUGUCAUGCUGUUCUUGUGUUUAAAUUUUUUUGAUAUGUAGGCUUAAUAUUUGUGUGUAUUUCUUUGUGUGUAUUUUCCAGUUAUUAAAAUAGUGCUUCUAUAUGAGAUUAUUUGUGUGUGUCUACAAAUGGAUAAAUAACAUAGAAUAGAAUAGAAUAGAAUAUUCCUUUAUUGAUCCCCCUCAAAUCAAUAUAUAUUGAAUUGGCCUAUUAAAACCGCCAGUUAUUAAUAAUUAUUGAGAUAUAGCAGGAACCUAGCUCUAAACCUAGAUAUAUCCUUGAUUAAUUGUUAUACUAUAAUACAGCCACUGCUGCCAUGUUCUAAAAUAUCAUUUUAUUCAUUUUGAGUAUUUGAAAACGCCCAAAAAAAUAUGGCCUCUAUCAUGCCUCUUUGAAUGGCGUUUGCAGAGAAGAAAAUUACGUAGUAUUGAGCGAACUAUGAUUCAUUUAAUGCGCUCAGACUUCAUUCCGCCGGUUAAACAGCGGUGCAGAGUGAGGCGGAUGACCGGACCAAGAUGGCGGCCGCAUUUCUCGACAGCGCCCAUUCGUGGUAGCGGCCGAUGCGGGGUCUAUCUUUUAUUAUGUCUAUGCCGAGACCAACCUACAAUGUGGGCGUGUCUAGUAUCUGAAGUAGUAUCUGAAGUAGCAUGCUACUCGCUCCGUUGGCCAAUUCGGACAUGCCAGAUACUACUUCGACUACUACUUGGCAAUUCGGACGCAGCUACAGCGUCGACAUUUUUAGAGAAGCUGAGAUAUCUGAGGACGAUCCAGUUUUCACAGCGCAACCUUCUUUACAGUCUGUAACGAACCAACGAUGUCUGUAGCUGAAUCUCUCCGAGAGUUUGUGACCGAGCGGCUCGCUGCUGCUACUGAAGACAUUUUGGGAGUUUUGAACAGAACUGUGGUCCAGUACGAGGAAGAGCUGGACCGUCAACGCAGACUGCUGGAUUUGGUUUGGAAACCUCACAUUCUCUUACACAGAAUCGGUAAGAAGAGCCAAGUUUAGACUGAAUAAUGAAGCAGAAGCUCGGUUUAGAUCAGGGCUGCCUCUCCUCUCGGUUUCCAUGUAUACACAUUCUCUUUAAGUUACAACUUAUCUUCCUACUCUUUUCUUCAUAGUAUUAAAACUUAUUUUACACUGUGUUGCUAAUUUUAUGUCAUUUAUCAUGCUAGAGUCUGUCAGUAUUGCACCUCAAUUCUUACACAUUUUAACUGAAUUGUGUUUAAUGUUCCUUCUCAGUCCUUAAAAUAUUACAUCCUUCUUGUGAUUCCAAUUCUCUGUUUUCUGUUCCAUCUCAUUGACAUAUUUAUGCUUCUGUGUUCCUGCAGAUCUUCCGCAACAACAUGACUGCGAGGAGGACGAGGUCGUCUCAGACACGCAGCCCUGGAACCAGGAGAGGAACUCCAGUCCGGAACAAGAGGACCCAGAGCCUCUACAGAUUAAAGAGGAAGAGGAGGAAUUCUGCACUGGUCAGGACAGAGAGCAGCUUGAACCAAAGCAGGAGACUGAACACUUGAUGUUAACUCUAACCUGCCAUGAACCAGAAGUAAAGAAGGAAAAGCUUCAUGGUGAGUUCACAUUUAAAACAGCACAUACUUAUUCACUCAGGAGAAAAGCUGUUCACCUGUGAAACAUGCAACAAAUCUUUUUACAGUCCAAUUAAACUGAGAAGGCACAUGAGAACACACACAGGUGAGAGACCGUACUCCUGUGGCACCUGUGGGAAAAGUUUUGGUCAGACUUCACAUUUAAAAAAGCACAUCCUUACUCACUCAGAAGAAAAGUUGUUCACCUGCAAAACUUGCAGCAAAUCUUUUAACAGGAAGGAUCAACUAAAACUGCACAUGACAGCACACACAGAUGAAUGACCGUACUCCUGAUACAUUUGAGGGAGAAGCUUCGGUCUGAAUUCACAUUUAAAAACGCACAUGCGUUCUCAGAUUAGUUGUACUGUUCAAGUCGAAAGAUGUUCACUUAUAAAAGCAUGCAGCAAAUCUUUCUUGAGUAAUGAUUACCUAAGACUGCACACGAGAACACACACAGGUGAGAGACUGUACACCUGUAGCACAUGUGGGUGGAGCUUCACUUUGAAUUCAAAUUUAAAAAAGCAAAUGCUGAUUCACUUAAGAGAAAAGCUGUUUACCUGCAUAACUUGCAACAAAUCUUUUAUCAGUACAAGUCACCUGAGAAUGCACAUGAAAGAGCCCACUGAUGAGAGAUUGUACUCCUGUGGCACCUGUGGGGAAAAGUUCUCUCAGAAAACAUCCUCAGAUUGUCACACCCUAAAACUAUGUACACUACAGGCCAAAAGUUUGGAAGCAAGGCCAUUACAGGCCGAACAGUUGGGGGUAACUUCAAGUUUUUGUUCACAAUCCUUGUUUUUUUAAAUCCAGCAUGAGUUGUAUGUAUUUUGGGAUGUAUUUACUGCAUGAUCAGAUGUUGCUUUCAUGGAAAUGCAUCAUUUGAUUCCAUUUACCUUUAGAUAUACAUUGAUGUUAACAGACUAUUGCUAAAUAUAUGUCAGCAAAAGAAAAUAAGGGCUUAGUCGCAGGGUCCUCACAGACCUUGACUAUGCGGAUGACAUACACAAGUUCCACAAGAACUGAUGAACAGGGUAGAGCUAGAGUGCACCAAGGUUGGCUUUAGGCUAAAUAGGGUUUUGCCUGCUUGUUUCAUGUAAAGCACCUUGAAUUGCCCAGCUGCUGAAAUGUGCUACACAAAUAAACUUGACUUGACUCGACUUGACUUGACUAAAUGCCAAGAAAACCGAGGUCAUCACCUACAACGUUCCACCAGAACAUCAACCUCUGACUACAGCAGGAGGCGCUGUGCUGACAGAAGUCGAGGACUUCAAAUACCUGGGCUCAUGGGUCAACUCAACUAAACGAGAUCUAAAAGUGAGGAAGGCACUUGCAUGGAGAGCCCUGAACGGCAUGACCAGUGUAUGGGACUCUAACCUCCCCCGCCAAAUCAAACUCAGCCUCUUCUACGCGACACAAGAGUCUGUUCUCCCCUAUGGCAGUGAAUGCUGGACCCUGAAGCCAACCCUGGAGAAAUCCCUAGAUGGGUGCUACACCAGGAUGUUGCGUGCAGUGCUUAACAUCAGCAAGAACGCAGAGCAGAGCUUUACUGAGCUUUUACUGAGCACAACUCUGCUUGGACGACAGCAGGGCAGGAAACGGGGACCAUCCGGACUUAUACCCAAACCCUGCCUGUGUUGGUGACUCUGAUAAGGACGAACAGAGUCAAGUGUAAGGUAAACAAGAAGCAGAGGUGCAGCAGCAGCGAGCAAGCAAAAGGAAAAGCAAAUGGGACGGCGGAGCAAAUGGACUAUCAUAUCAAUACACACAUAUUCUGUUGUUAUCCAUGUGUAUUCUGCAUACUCACAUUAUUUACACAUACUCAUUCCAGGUAUAUGGAAACAGGUAAAGGAAAUGGUUAAUCAUUUUUUGAGCAAAAUAAAACAUGUGGUUGAUUGUCAUGUAGAGUGGGUCAGUGAAAAGCUGUUAGAUUUAGAAGGUUCACGGUGAAGGUCGCCAGCGGGAGGGGCCGCAGGGGAAUUUCCUGCUCAAAGCAGCCAGCAGGUUUUCGCCCCUGCCAGAUGUGAACCAAGUCACAAGUGAUUUAAGUGUUGUGUUUAUGAAAAAUGUAACAUUCGUGAUCACAAGCAUGAGUUGGAUUGGUUUGAAAACAUACAUAUGCAUCUGUAAUCAAUCUAGUAGUAUCAUAUCACAUAACGUUGUCAUAACUCAUUCAUGUAACGUAACUAAGGCUAAGACAAGAUAAGUGUGAAUCUCCAACGGCGUCAUUGAACUCGUUUAAUCUUGAAAAGAUUCAAAGGGGGGAUAUGUGGGGGAAAAUAAUAGAUAUGUUUUGGAUGUUUUGGAGGUUACUAUGAGGCAAGAAAACAGGAUAUGGUUGGAGAGGUCAGAUGGGGAUAAACUUCAUCAGGUCAUGGUGAACUGUAUUACAAUAACAGGAAAUUUGGCAGAGGAAGAUGGAUACAGAUGUGCUUCAGAGAUAUUGGCAGGGAAAGUCACGUAGGGAACUUUCCCACGGGAAAGUGACCUUCAUACACACACACGAAGAUAGCUUCGCACACACAUUUGGCAAAAGUUGAGAUCAGUGACGUCAUUGGAGUACUAUAAGAGAUCUGUGGUUUUUCUGUUCUGGGGUCUGUCUGUUCGAUUGUUCAUGAGCUGUGUUUGAUGCUGUGACCAGAAUAAAAUCCCGCGAGAGGCUGCCAGCUUGAUUCUGUCUUCGUGUAGUUCAUUCCUGCAUUUUUGCACCGAGGUCAUCUUCUAAACGAACCAACGAUAUCUGUAGCUGAAUCUCUCCGAGAGUUUGUGACCGAGCGGCUCGCUGCUGCUACUGAAGACAUUUUGGGAGUUUUGAACAGAACUGUGGUCCAGUACGAGGAAGAGCUGGACCGUCAACGCAGACUGCUGGAUUUGGUUUGGAAACCUCACAUUCUCUUACACAGAAUCGGUAAGAAGAGCCAAGUUUAGACUGAAUAAUGAAGCAGAAGCUCGGUUUAGAUCAGGGCUGCCUCUCCUCUCGGUUUCCAUGUAUAAAUACUGUGAAUAAAGGCGGAGGAACAACCCUGUAUGAGUUCAACAAUAACUGUGCUGUGUUAAUGUGGUGCUAUUGUGUCAGUGGUUCUUAAUCUGCCGUUAACGAUCAGAGGAAGAUCAAGGAGUCCGGGGGACGCUCUCGGACGUUGACCCCGUCCUCUUUUGUUCCCUCGAGCUGUUAUAAUGACCCGGUACCAAAACUCAUCAUGUGGACAGAAAACAGGGGAAAGAAGGGGAAACCUAAGAAUGACAGAUUUGUGUGUGUUGUUGGAAAAAAGGUGGUUUACUUUCAUCUUACGGGUUAGUUUUACGUGACUCCUGUACAUAAAGCUGAGCCCUUUGAGUUCAUCACAUACCCCCCUGGGUGUCUUUUGUUUGUAUAGAUAUAAACCAGUUUGGCCUCUGUGAGCUCUAUUAAUGGAUACUAUGUUAACUAAUUGCCAUUUUGAUUCUCCUGCAGUACAGAAUGUUUAAAAGUGCCUGAUGGAUGUGCUUCCAACAUGACGACAAAGUACCUUUUGAUUGAUUCUGACUUUAGUUUUGUGAUCUCAGACAACAGUAGAUGUCCAGUGCACAGCACCAACAGUCCUUUUCACUUUAAGCAGAGGAAGACAGGAUAAACAGCUUCACCUCACAAAUUAGGACUGCUGUAUUCUCAUAAAGUAAUAUUAGUCUUUAAUACAUUUUAUAAUCUUGAUUUUACUCGUUCUCUUUAAGUUACAACUUAUCUUCCUACUCUUUUCUUCAUCGUAUUAAAACUUAUUUUACAUUGUGUUGCUAAUUUUAUGUCGUUUAUCUUGCUAGAGUCUAUCAGUAUUGCACCUCAAUUCUUCAACAUUUUAACUGAAUUGUGUUUAAUGUUACUUCUCAGUCCUGAAAAUAUUACAUCCUUCUCGUGAUUCCAAUUCUCUGUUUUCUGUUCCAUCUCAUUGACAUAUUUAUGCUUCUGUGUUCCUGCAGAUCUUCCACAACAACAUGACUGCGAGGAGGACGAGGUUGUCUCAGACCUGCAGCCCUGGAACCAGGAGAGGAACUCCAGUCCGGAACAAGAGGACCCAGAGCCUCUACAGAUUAAAGAGGAAGAGGAGGAAUUCUGCACCGGUCAGGACAGAGAGCAGCUUGAACCAAAGCAGGAGACUGAACACUUGAUGUUAACUCUAACCUGUCAGGAAAGUGACAACACUGAACCAGAAGUAAUGAAGGAAGACCAGUUCCUGUCUCACAACUCUGAUGAGGCUGCAGACCAAGAUCCACAGAAAGACAAGCUCACAGAGUCAGAAUCAACUUCAAAAUCAGCUGGACUGCUGGAUUUGGUUUGGAAACCUCACAUUCUCUUACACAGAAUCGGUAAGAAGAGCCAAGUUUAGACUGAAUAAUGAAGCAGAAGCUCGGUUUAGAUCAGGGCUGCCUCUCCUCUCGGUUUCCAUGUAUAAAUACUGUGAAUAAAGGCGGAGGAACAACCCUGUAUGAGUUCAACAAUAACUGUGCUGUGUUAAUGUGGUGCUAUUGAGUCAGUGGUUCUUAAUCUGCCGUUAACGAUCAGAGGAAGAUCAAGGAGUCCGGGGGACGCUCUCGGACGUUGACCCCGUCCUCUUUUGUUCCCACGAGCUGUUAUAAUGACCCGGUACCAAAACUCAUCAUGUGGACAGAAAACAGGGGAAAGAAGGGGAAACCUAAGAAUGACAGACAUGUGUGUUGUUGGAAAAAAGGUGGUUUACUUUCAUCUUACGGGUUAGUUUUACGUCCAACUUAUUUGACUCCUACAGGAAGGCCUUAAGUGACUCCUGUACACAAAGCUGAGCCCUUUGAGUUCAUCACAUACCCCCCUGGGUGUCUUUUGUUUGUAUAGAUAUAAACCAGUUUGGCCUCUGUGAGCUCUAUUAAUGGAUACUAUGUUAACUAAUUGCCAUUUUGAUUCUCUUGAAGUACAAAAUGUUUAAAAAGUGCCUGAUGGAUGUGCUUCCAAGAUGAGGACAAAGUACCUUUUAAAUGCUUUUGUAGUUAAGUAAUGUGGACAGAAUGCCUUCUGACUUUAGUUUUGUGAUCUCAGACAACAGUAGAUGCCCAGUGCACAGCACCAACAGUCCUUUUCACUUUAAGCAGAGGAAGACAGGAUAAGCAGCUUCACCUCACAAAUGAAGACUGCUGUAUUCUCAUAAAGUAAUAUUAGUGUUUAAUACAUUUUAUAAUCUUGAUUUUACUCGUUCUCUUUAUGUUACAACUUAUCUUCCUACUCUUUUCUCCAUUGUAUUAAAACUUAUUUUACAUUGUGUUGCUAAUUUUAUGUCGUUUAUCUUACUAGAGUCUAUCAGUAUUGUACCUUAAUUCUUCAACAUUUUAACUGAAUUGUGUUUAAUAUUACUUCUCAGUCCUGAAAAUAUUACAUCCUUCUUGUGAUUCCAAUUCUCUGUUUUCUGUCCCAUCUCAUUGACAUAUUUACGCUUCUGUGUUCCUGCAGAUCUUCCACAACAUCAUGACUGUGAAGAGGACGAGGUUGUCUCAGACCUGCAGCCCUGGAACCAGGAGAGGAACUCCAGUCUGGAACAAGAGGACCCAGAGCCUCAACAGAUUAAAGAGGAAGAGGAGGAAUUCUGCACCGGUCAGGACAGAGAGCAGCUUGAACCAAAGCAGGAGGCUGAACACUUGAUGUUAACUCUAACCUGUCAGGAAAGUGAGAACACUGAACCAGAAGUAAAGAAGGAAGACCAGUUCCUGUCUCACAACUCUUAUGAGGCUGCAAACCAAGACCCACAGAAAGACAAGCUCACAGAGUCAGAAUCAACUUCAAAAUCAGAACAACAUCCCCCCAAAAAAGUUCACAAACGAAGAAGUAAGAAGACAAAACAGCCUAAGGUUCACUCUGAUCCUCAACAAGGUGAAAAGACUUUUAAAUGUGACACAAAUAGGGAAACGUUUACCAGCAAUUCAAAUUUACAGACACAUCGAAGUGUUCCCACUGGUAAGAAGAAGCAUACUUGUGAGAGGUGUGGGAAGAUAUUCAGAUACAAGUAUUUGCUGACAAAUCACGCAAGAUCACACACAGGUGAGAAACCAUACUCCUGUGGGAAAAGCUUCAAUUGGAAACCAGAUUUAAAAAAGCACAUGCAAAUUCAUUCAAGAGAAAAGCUGACCACCUGCAAAACAUGUGGCAAAUCUUUUACCUGUACAAGUCACCUGAGAAUACACAUAAGAAAACACACAGGUGAGAAACCAUACUCCUGUGGCACUUGUGGGAAUCGCUUCACUGCGAGUUCCAGUUUAAAAACGCACAUGCUUAUUCACUCAGGAGAAAAGCUGUUCACCUGUGAAACAUGCAACAAAUCUUUUACCUGUACAAGUCACCUGAGAGUACACAUAAGAAAACACACAGGUGAGAGACCAUACUCCUGUGGCACUUGUGGGAAUCGCUUCACUGCGAGUUCCAGUUUAAAAAAGCACAUGCUUAUUCACUCAGGAGAAAAGCUGUUCACCUGUGAAACAUGCAACAAAUCUUUUACCUGUACAAGUCACCUGAGAAUACACAUGAGAAAACACACAGGUGAGAGACCAUACUCCUGUGGCACCUGUGGGAAAAGCUUCAUAGUGAAUUCAAGUUUAAAAACGCACAUGCGAAUUCAUUCAGGAGAAAAGCUGUUCACCUGUGAAACAUGCAACAAAUCUUUUGCCAGUAAAAGUAACCUGAGAAAGCACAUGAGAACACACACAGGUGAGAGACCAUACUCCUGUGGCACCUGUGGGAAAAGCUUUGGUCAGAAUUCACAUUUAAAAAUGCACAUGCAUAUUCACUCAAGAGAAAAUCUGACCACCUGCAAAACAUGCAACAAAUCUUUUGUCAGUCCAGGUAACCUGAGAACGCACAUGAGAAUACACACAGGUGAGAGACCAUACUCCUGUAGAACUUGUGGGAAAAGCUUUGGUCAGACUUCACAUUUAAAAAUGCACAUGCCUAUUCACUCAAGAGAAAAUCUGACCACCUGCAAAACAUGCAACAAAUCUUUUGUCAGUCCAGGUAACCUGAGAAUACACAUGAGAAUACACACAGGUGAGAGACCAUACUCCUGUAGAACUUGUGGGAAAAGCUUCAUGGUGAGUUCACAUUUAAAACAGCACAUGCUUAUUCACUCAGGAGAAAAGCUGUUCACCUGUGAAACAUGCAACAAAUCUUUUUACAGUCCAAUUAAACUGAGAUCGCACAUGAGAACACACACAGGUGAGAGACCGUACUCCUGUGGCACCUGUGGGAAAAGUUUUGGUCAGACUUCAAAUUUAAAAGCGCACAUCCUUACUCACUCAGAAGAAAAGUUGUUCACCUGCAAAACUUGCAGCAAAUCUUUUAACAGGAAGGAUCAACUAAAACUGCACAUGACAGCACACACAGAUGAAUGACCGUACUCCUGAUACAUUUGAGGGAGAAGCUUCGGUCUGAAUUCACAUUUAAAAACGCACAUGCGUUCUCAGAUUAGUUGUACUGUUCAAGUGGAAAGAUGUUCACUUAUAAAAGCAUGCAGCAAAUCUUUGUUGAGUAAUGAUUACCUAAGACUGCACACGAGAACACACACAGGUGAGAGACUGUACACCUGUAGCACAUGUGGGUGGAGCUUCACUUUGAAUUCAAAUUUAAAAAAGCAAAUGCUGAUUCACUUAAGAGAAAAGCUGUUUACCUGCAUAACUUGCAACAAAUCUUUUAUCAGUACAAGUCACCUGAGAAUAUACAUGACAGCGCACACUGAUGAGAGAUUGUAUUCCUGUGGCACCUGUGGGGAGAAGUUCUCUCAGAAAACAUACUCAGAUUGUCACAUCCCAAAACCAUAUAUGUAUAAAUCCUGUGGCACCUGUGGGAAAUCAUUCAGCAGGAAGAUUUCUUUAGAUGGUGACAUAAGAACCCACACAGGUCAAAUGUGGCAGGUCUGUCAGAUACAGCAGGAAGUUCCAUCAAAAAGUGCAACAGAAGCUGGUGACUGAAAUCAGAAGUAAAUGUCAUGGUGUGAAGUCAGAAUACAGUUGGAGAUCAUGUGAACUGGAUUCUCUGUUCUGUGCAAGUUCAACCCUACACAUGACAUGUUAGGGGAAUGAGGUCUCAGCUAAUUAAAUACCAUCUGUUUUCUUCCCCUGGAUGAACAAAUGUUCUUUUCUUUUUUACUCAUGAGCUACUUUGGUUGGCUGUUUCUUUUUCCAGAAUAUUUGUAUCUGUUUAUUUGUUGUAAUAACUUGUUUAUAUGAUAAUCUACAACAAAUUUGAUUUAGUUGACUGUAGCUGUAAUGCUGAUAAAGGUUAGUGAUCAGAAUAUGGUGACCAAUAAACUUGGACUGUCAAAAUAAAGUUCAUAGUAAUGCAUUUGUAUCCUGAUUUCACAGAAGUGAACCAAAAGAGGACAGAGCUUUAAAACCGGAUGGUCCUGAUCUUCAGGCCCUCAGACUGCACUGCAGUAAAAACAGACUGGACUCUGGAGUGGAAUUCACUGCAUGGGCUCAAAAUCACUUCAAAACCCAUUGACUGUGAACACAGUUCUUCACUGUAUCCACAGAUGAGGUUCAAACUGCAAAUGAAGAAUCAUUUAUUGAUCAGUAGGUGGGUGAGAUGAUUGAUGAGGACAAGGCUGGAGAUCGAUCUGUCUCACUGACUUGGUAAGAAUAACAGACUGGAUGCUUUACAAGUAGGGCUCAAAACCAUUGUUCUUACUCUGUUAACCAUUGUUAUCUGCAAGGAAAUAUGUGCAGUUCUGAAAUACACUUAUGGUGCAACUUAAGACACAUCAUCAGUGUUUUCACCUGGGUUCACUGGGUGUUUCGGGUCUUGCAACAGACACCCUCGCCCAGGGGACCCAGCCGGGGUGAUCAAGUCCCGGCUUGUGUCUUAAGAGCAUGUGUCCACGGAUCACCCCGCUUGAUCCACAGCCAUCUGGACGCCUUCUCUGCUGCGUCACAGAUGUUCUUAAUGGCUCGCCUGUUGUGCAGUCCCCCCAUUCCCAGCAUCUUGAGAGCCCUGAUGAGGGACUGGCCAGCGAAUCCUCUGCAUCCGACCUCGAUGGGGUUGCACCGGGUCCUCCAUCCCCUGCUUCGGCAUUCACUUGCCAGCUCCUCAUACUUGGCUUUCUUUCUCUCAAAGGCCUCCUCCAUCCUGUCUUCCCAGGGAACAGUCAACUCCAGCAGGACCACUUGCCUUGUUGUUUCAGACACCAGGACCAUGUCUGGCCUGAGCGUGGUCACUGCGAUGUUCUCCGGGAAUUUGAGCUGUCUCCCUAGGUCGACUUUCAGCUGCCAGUCACGGGCUGUUGCCAGCAGCCCCCCUGCUUGCCUCCUGAGCUGCUGCGGCUUCUCCCCAGCCUUAACGAAGGCGAUGGUCUGCCUUGAUGGUUGUGUGUGUUUGCUGGUGGAGAUGCCUGUGUUGAUGGCCUCCGCAAUGACCCGUAGCACUUGGUCAUGGCGCCAGCGGUAGCGCCCCUCUCCCAGUGCUCUUGGGCAGCAGCUCAAGAUGUGUUCCAGUGAUCCUGCUCUUUGGCAGAGAGGGCACAGUGGGUUCUCAGCCAAGCCCCAGCGGUGGAGGUUGGAUGGGCUUGGGAGGACGUCGUAGACCGACUGAAUGAGGAACUUGAUCCGGUGAGGCUCAGAGCGCCAUAGCUCUGACCACGAGACCUUCCGGGCAGCUGCCUCCUCCCAACGGGUCCACGCCCCCUGCUGCCGCAUCCCCACUGUCUUGCUGCAGCGGGCUUCCUCCACCCCUGCUCGGACCUCCUCCUGGAUCAGCUGACGCCUUUCCUUCCCCUUGGCCUUGUUAUAUGAAGGUCUCGGGUUGCUCCCAAGUCCUGCCCGUCCGGAUGCCACCGUUCCCACCAGCUCACUGUGCCGCAAGCGGGACUCAGCCUGAUCGACUGCCUCUUGAGCACACCACUUCCUGCCGGUCCUCACUUCUACACCUGCCGAGGAGACUUUGAUGUCACUUGAGUCCCUAUACAGCAGCACCUCUCUUGCACGGGUAACCAUAAACUCCUCCGUCAGACUGCUGAAGGGUAGGUUAAGUUUGUUGCUCUUCCCGUACAAUGCGAUGCUGCUGAGGCUUCGUGGUAGGCCCAGCCACUUCCGCAAGAAAGAGCUGACCUUCCUCUCGAAGCACUCGACGGUGGUCACAGGCACAUUAUAAACCAGCAGUGGCCAGAGAAGUCGAGGUAGGAUGCCAUGUUGGUAAAUCCAGGCUUUGAACUUGCCUGGUAGCCCCGACUUAUCCACUGCCGUCAGCCAGGUUCCCAACUCCUCUGAUGUUGCUUGGAGUGCUGUGGUGUCCUUCAAGGUGCAGUCGUAGAUCUUGCCCAGGCUCUUAACUGGCUUUUCACCCACAGAUGGAAUCAGGGUAUCUCCUAUUGAGAAGCGAAACUUCUCUGCGACCUUCCCCUUUCUCACCACCAGGGACCUGGAUUUGGCUGGCUUGAAGUUCAUCCGGGCCCAGCUGACGAGAUGUUCCAGGCCUUGGAGGAUCCAUCUACAGCCCGGGACAGAUGUUGUAGUCACCGUCAGAUCAUCCAUAAAUGCUCUGAUGGGGGGCUGUCGCGUACCUGAGUUGGUGAGUGGUCCUCUGCACUCCACCUCUGCUGACUUCACCAGCAUAUUCAUGGCCAAGGAAAACAGUACCACAGAAAUGGUGCAUCCUGUGAUAAUGCCCUUCUCAAGCCGAUGGAAUGCAGAUGUUACUGUUCCGGAAGUGACUCUCAAACUGAAGCAGCUGUAGUAGUCCAGUAUGAGGUCCUUGAUCUUGCCUGGAACAUGGUGUCGGUCGAGCGAGAUUUCCACCAGCUUGUGUGGCAUGGACCCGUAGGCGUUGGCAAGGUCGAGCCAAAGGACUGCCAGAUCUCCUCUGCCUUCUCUUGCUUCCCGGAUCAGCUGGGUGACAACUCCUGUAUGCUCGAUGCAUCCUGGGACCUUUGGGACUCCUCCCUUCUGCACAGAGGUGUCGAUGUAAGUGUUCCUCAGGAGGAACUCCAUCAAGCGCCGGGCAACGAUGCUUAAGAAAAUCUUGCCCUCGACGCUGAGGAGUGAGAUGAUCCUGAAUUGCUCGAUGGUGGUUGAGCUCUCCUCCUUUGGAAUCCAGACCCCCUCUGCAUGUCUCCACUGCUGGGCCACCUUCCCCCUUCUCCAGAUGACCCGGAGGAUUGACCAUAGUCGCUUCAAGAGUCUGGGGCAUCUCUUGUAGACCACAUAUGGCACUCCACUGGGGCCUGGUGCUGACUUGGACCUAGCUGCCUUGACAACCUCCUCAACUUCUCUCAAAGUUGGCUCCUUGGUGUUAAAUGCCGAGGUGGGUUCUGGCGGAGUUAUCAGGGUUCUGCAUGGCCCAAGAUCUUCUUCUCUUGCACUAUCGCUGUAGGUGGUAUUGAGGUACUUGUUAACCUCGUCUUCAGUGCAGGCAAGGUGGCCACUUCUUUUCUGCCCGAGGAUUUUCUUGGUGAAGCCAAAGGGAUUUGAGAUGAAGGCUGCACGUCUCCUGGCCCUCUCUCUACCCCUUCUCCUAUGCCACUCUGCUCGACGGAGGAUGAUGAGCCUUUUCCUUAUUGUGCUGCGGAGCUCUGCCAGCCCGGCCUUCUCUUCCUCCCUUGCCACCUUAAACUGUCAUCCAAGCAGUUUAAGUUCCUGCCGCAGCUGGCUGAUCUUUACCUCCCGUCUGUUUGGCUCCCCUGGGCAUCUGGUUGGCUCCCCUGGGUGUCUGGUUGGCUGUUGUUCCUUUAUGCCGAACCUUUCAGCACCGAUGUUGAUGAUCAUCGCCGACAUUGACAGCAAUCUCUGGUCUGCAUCUCCCCUUGCAGUAGCGUCAAGGACUCGGUCCACGUCUUCAUCAAAUUGGAGCCACUCUCUUUCUUUGUUGGCUGCAGGCCACACGACCCGUCGAUGUUCUGAAUGCUUGAAACGAGGUAGGACUUGUGGGGCGUGGAGGGUCUGGGCACUGUGGGUUGACUCCUGGCCGGGCACCUCCUGCGUCUCACCAGGUUCUGGACCUGUGCGUUGCACCACCUGCUUCCCCGUCAAGCAUCUCAUUUUGGUCUGGUGGAUCUUCAGACCACGCGGGUUCUUGCAGACCUUGCCGCAUGGACAGACUGCGCUCGUAGUCAUUUUUCCGUUCCGCUUCGUUGCCUGUUUGUCAGUCCUGUUGGGGUGCUCAUCCUCCCCCCCUCUCGGGCACCCCUGGGGGUAUACUUCGUCAGGGCUUUUCGUAGCGUGCUUGUGGGUGCUCCCUCACAGGAGCUGCAGUUUGGGUUGCUGGCCCUCCCUGCCCCGGUUACUGUCUUUCCAGUUGUCAGCUGACUCUCCAGCAGUCACCAUACUGUUCAUGGUCGUCAUCCGGCCUAUUCCCGGAGGUCACUGGCAUGGCCAGAUCAACUAGUUCUGAAAUACACUUAUGGUGCAACUUAAGACACAUCAUCAGUGUUGGCACCUGGGUUCACUGGGUGUUUUGGGUCUUGCAACAGACACCCUCGCCCAGGGGACCCAGCCGGGGUGAUCAAGUCCCGGCUUGUGUCUUAAGAGCAUGUGUCCACGGAUCACCCCGCUUGAUCUACAGCCAUCUGGACGCCUUCUCUGCUGCGUCACAGAUGUUCUUAAUGGCUCGCCUGUUGUGCAGUCCCCCCAUUCCCAGCAUCUUGAGAGCCCUGAUGAGGGACUGGCCAGCGAAUCCUCUGCAUCCGACCUCGAUGGGGUUGCACCGGGUCCUCCAUCCCCUGCUUCGGCAUUCACUUGCCAGCUCCUCAUACUUGGCUUUCUUUCUCUCAAAGGCCUCCUCCAUCCUGUCUUCCCAGGGAACAGUCAACUCCAGCAGGACCACUUGCCUUGUUGUUUCAGACACCAGGACCAUGUCUGGCCUGAGCGAGUCAUUUUUGCUGUUCACAAAAAGGGCUUCACUGGGAAGGAUGUUGCUGCUAGUCAGAUUGCACCUGAAACAAUCCUUUAUCAGAUCAUCAAGAACUUCAAGGAGAGAGGUUCAAUUAUUGUGAAGAAGGCUUCAGGGUGCCUAAGGAAGUCCAUCAAGAGCCAGGACUGCCUCCUAAAGUUGAUUUAGCUGCAAGAUCGGGGCAUCACACGUGCAGAGCUUGCUCAGGAAUGGCAACAAGCAGGUGUGAGUGCUUGUGCACGUACAGUGAGGUGAAGACUUUUGGAGGAAUAAGAAGAACUUUAUUAAUCCCCGAAGGGAAAUUUAAUUGUCUGUUGUGUCACAUAAUAUGUCUUAAAAACUUAUCUACUAUUUACACAAGAGUUAUAAAGUCUGAUGGAUGUUGGUACAAAAGAUCUUCUGAAUCUUUCUGUCCUGCAGCAAAGAGAGAGGAGCCGUCCACCACUAUUGGCCCUUUGGUCCAUCAAGGUGUUGUGAAGUGGGUGAUCCAUUUUCCUUAGAAUAGACCUUCCUCAGUGUAGAUCUCUCCACCACAUCCUCCACUGAGUCCAGCUUGAGUCCUACCACAGAGCCAGCCUUUUCCACCAGUUUGUUCAGAUGUCUUGCAUCUUUAUGUUUGAUGCUUCCUCCCCAGCAGACUACAGCAUAGAACUGAAUACCAGCCACCACAGACUGAUGAAACAUCUGCAGCAUCUUACUACAGAUGUUUAUUGAUCGGAGUCUUCUUACACAAAAGAGGCGGCUCUGCCCCUUUCUGUAGAUGAAGUCUAUAUUCUUAGACGAGUCCAACUUAUUAUCCAAAUGUACACCUAGGUACUUAUCUGAUGUCACCAUUUCCAUGUCCACUCCACAGGUGUUUGCUGGCUGAAGAGGGGGUUUGGACCUACGGUAGUCUAUGACCAUCUCCUUUGUCUUUGAGGUGUUGAGGAGGAGGCAGUUUUUGUGACUCCAGUCACUGAAGGCUCUAAUCAGAUCUCUUUAUUCAGCUUCUCUUCCAUACAUGUCAUCUGAGUAAUUUUUGGAUGUGGCAGGACUCAGUGCUGUAUUUGAAGUCUGAUGUAUACAGUGUGAACAGGAAUGGCGCCAGCACUGUCCCUUGUGGAGCCCCUGUACUGCUCAUUAAUGUCUCAGAAACACAGUUCCCCAGCCUGACAAACUGUGGCCUUCCUGUCAGGUAAUCUGAAUCAGCCGCUCCAGGGUUUUCAUGAUGUGUGAAGUGAGGGCCACUGGUCUGUAGUCUUUGAGUUCAAAGAGGAGGGCGGAACAUUUGGUUGGCCGCAGCUCCGCUUACGGAACUUUAUUGGUGUGACACACGGCGGAAGUACCGAACAAUUUGGCUCUUGUAAAGAAGCUGAGAUAUCUGAGGACAAUCCAGUUUUCACAGCGCAACCUUCUUUACAAUCUGUAACGAACCAACGAUGUCUGUCGCCGAAUCUCUCCGAGAGUUUGUGACCGAGCGGCUCGCUGCUGCUACUGAAGACAUUUUGGGAGUUUUGAACAGAACUGUGGUCCAGUACGAGGAAGAGCUGGACCGUCAACGCAGACUGCUGGAUUUGGUUUGGAAACCUCACAUUCUCUUACACAGAAUCGGUAAGAAGAGCCAAGUUUAGACUGAAUAAUGAAGCAGAAGCUCGGUUUAGAUCAGGGCUGCCUCUCCUCUCGGUUUCCAUGUAUAAAUACUGUGAAUAAAGGCGGAGGAACAACCCUGUAUGAGUUCAACAAUAACUGUGCUGUGUUAAUGUGGUGCUAUUGAGUCAGUGGUUCUUAAUCUGCCGUUAACGAUCAGAGGAAGAUCAAGGAGUCCGGGGGACGCUCUCGGACGUUGACCCCGUCCUCUUUUGUUCCCGCGAGCUGUUAUAAUGACCCGGUACCAAAACUCAUCAUGUGGACAGAAAACAGGGGAAAGAAGGGGAAACCUAAGAAUGACAGACAUGUGUGUUGUUGGAAAAAAGGUGAUUUACUGUCGUCUUACGGGUUAGUUUUACGUCCAACUUAUUUGACUCCUACAGGAAGGCCUUAAGUGACUCCUGUACACAAAGCUUAGUCCUUUGAGUUCAUCACAUACCCCCCUGGGUGUCUUUUGUUUGUAUAGAUAUAAACCAGUUUGGCCUCUGUGAGCUCUAUUAAUGGAUACUAUGUUAACUAAUUGCCAUUUUGAUUCUCUUGAAGUACAAAAUGUUUAAAAGUACCUGAUGGAUGUGCUUCUAAGAUGACGACAAAGUACCUUUUAAAUGCUUUUGUAGUUAAGUAAUGUGGACAGAAUGCCUUCUGCCUUUAGUUUUGUGAUCUCAGACAACAGUAGAUGCCCAGUGCACAGCACCAACAGUCCUUUUCACUUUAAGCAGAGGAAGACAGGAUAAGCAGAUUCACCUCACAAAUUAGGACUGCUGUAUUCUCAUAAAGUAAUAUUAGUCUUUAAUACAUUUUAUAAUCUUGAUUUUACUCGUUCUCUUUAUGUUACAACUUAUCUUCCUACUCUUUUCUCCAUUGUAUUAAAACUUAUUUUACAUUGUGUUGCUAAUUUUAUGUCGUUUAUCAUGCUAGAGUCUGUCAGUAUUGUACCUCAAUUCUUCAACAUUUUAACUGAAUUGUGUUUAAUGUUACUUCUCAGUCCUGAAAAUAUUACAUCCUUCUUGUGAUUCCAAUUCUCUGUUUUCUGUUCCAUCUCAUUGACAUAUUUAUGCUUCUGUGUUCCUGCAGAUCUUCCACAACAACAUGACUGUGAGGAGGAGGACGAGGUUGUCUCAGACCUGCAGCCCUGGAACCAGGAGAGGAACUCCAGUCCGGAACAAGAGGACCCAGAGCCUCUACAGAUCAAAGAGGAAGAGGAGGAAUUCUGCACCGGUCAGGACAGAGAGCAGCUUGAACCAAAGCAGGAGACUGAACACUUGAUGUUAACUCUAACCUGUCAGGAAAGUGAGAACACUGAACCAGAAGUAAUGAAGGAAGACCAGUUCCUGUCUCACAACUCUGGUGAGGCUGCAAACCAAGACCCACAGAAAGACAAGCUCACAGAGUCAGAAUCAACUUCAAAAUCAGAACAACAACCCCCCAAAAAAGUUCACAAAAGAAGGUGUAAGAAGACAAAACAGCCUAAGGUUCACUCUGAUCCUCAACAAGGUGAAAAGACUUCCAAAUGUGACACAGAUAGGGAGACUUUAACCAGCCAUUCAAAUUUACAGACACAUCGAAGUGUUCCCACUGGUAAGAAGAAGCAUACUUGUGAGAGGUGUGGGAAGAUAUUCAGAUACAAGUAUUUGCUGACAAAUCACACAAGAUCACACAAAAGUGAGAGACUGAACUCCUGUGGGAAAGGCUUCGGUUGGAAACCAGAUUUGACAGAGAACAUGCAAAAUCACACAGGAAAAAAGCAUACAAUCUGCAAAACAUGCAACAAAUCUUUUGUCAGUCCAGGUAACCUGAGAACGCACAUGAGAAUACACACAGGUGAGAGACCAUACUCCUGUAGAACUUGUGGGAAAAGCUUCAUGGUGAGUUCACAUUUGAAACAGCACAUGCUUAUUCACUCAGGAGAAAAGCUGUUCAACUGUGAAACAUGCAACAAAUCUUUUUACAGUCCAAUUAAACUGAGAACGCACAUGAGAACACACACAGGUGAGAGACCGUACUCCUGUGGCACCUGUGGGAAAAGUUAUGGUCAGACUUCACAUUUAAAAACGCACAUCCUUACUCACUCAGAAGAAAAGUUGUUCACCUGCAAAACUUGCAGCAAAUCUUUUAACAGGAAGGAUCAACUAAAACUGCACAUGACAGCACACACAGAUGAAUGACCGUACUCCUGAUACAUUUGAGGGAGAAGCUUCGGUCUGAAUUCACAUUUAAAAACGCACAUGCGUUCUCAGAUUAGUUGUACUGUUCAAGUCGAAAGAUGUUCACUUAUAAAAGCAUGCAGCAAAUCUUUCUUGAGUAAUGAUUACCUAAGACUGCACACGAGAACACACACAGGUGAGAGACUGUACACCUGUAGCACAUGUGGGUGGAGCUUCACUUUGAAUUCAAAUUUAAAAAAGCAAAUGCUGAUUCACUUAAGAGAAAAGCUGUUUACCUGCAUAACUUGCAACAAAUCUUUUAUCAGUACAAGUCACCUGAGAAUGCACAUGAAAGAGCCCACUGAUGAGAGAUUGUACUCCUGUGGCACCUGUGGGGAAAAGUUCUCUCAGAAAACAUCCUCAGAUUGUCACACCCUAAAACUAUGUACACUACAGGCCAAAAGUUUGGAAGCAAGGCCAUUACAGGCCGAACAGUUGGGGGUAACUUCAAGUUUUUGUUCACAAUGCUUGUUUUUUUAAAUCCAGCAUGAGUUGUAUGUAUUUUGGGAUGUAUUUACUGCAUGAUCAGAUGUUGCUUUCAUGGAAAUGCAUCAUUUGAUUCCAUUUACCUUUAGAUAUACAUUGAUGUUAACAGACUCUUGCUAAAUAUAUGUCAGCAAAAGAAAAUAAGGGCUUAGUCGCAGGGUCCUCACAGACCUUGACUAUGCGGAUGACAUACACAAGUUCCACAAGAACUGCUGAACAGGGUAGAGCUAGAGUGCACCAAGGUUGGCUUUAGGCUAAAUAGGGUUUUGCCUGCUUGUUUCAUGUAAAGCACCUUGAAUUGCCCAGCUGCUGAAAUGUGCUACACAAAUAAACUUGACUUGACUCGACUUGACUUGACUAAAUGCCAAGAAAACCGAGGUCAUCACCUACAACGUUCCACCAGAACAUCAACCUCUGACUACAGCAGGAGGCGCUGUGCUGACAGAAGUCGAGGACUUCAAAUACCUGGGCACAUGGGUCAACUCAACUAAACGAGAUCUAAAAGUGAGGAAGGCACUUGCAUGGAGACUGGCAGAGUGAGAGCAGUCCUGAGAGCAGAGCUGUCCCCCGCGACCCCCUCCCCGCCUCGUCUCAUACAGUCUGUCAGCCUCUGAGCGGCACCUUCGCAGCAAGCAGGGGCGCCUACAGCAGCACGGGGCGCCAAUUUAACAACAAGAGUUAAUACAAAACCGCUUUAUGGUGCAGAUUUAUUAUUAUUAUCUUUUAUUUUAUUUUUUUGGAAGUGCUCGUGCCGCCCCCCAUGAGUCAUGACACAAAUGCCGCCCCGGGUGGCUGCCCUGUUCGCUUGAGCCUAGAACCGCUUCUGCUCCUCCUUGUGGUGUUGUUGUGAACAUACAGUCAAUAAAUAAUAACAACCCUGUAUGAGUUCAACAAUAACUGUGCUGUGUUAAUGUGGUGCUAUUGUGUCAGUGGUUCUUAAUCUGCCGUUAACGAUCAGAGGAAGAUCAAGGAGUCUGGGGGACACUCUCGGACGUUUACCCCUCCUCUUUUGAUCCCGCGAGCUGUUAUAAUGACCCGGUACCAAAACUCAUCAUGUGGACAGAAAACAGGGUAAAGAAGGGGAAACCUAAGAAUGACAGACGUGUGUUGUUGGAAAAAAAGGUGGUUUCCUAUCAGUUUACGGGGUAGUUUUACGUCUAAUUUCCCAAGCACAGUAAAGAAGGAACGAAGGGGUGUUAAGUCUCUGACUCCAAUUCCUUAACUACCUCUCACCUUUUACCUGCGUGGUCGUUGAUGGGAAGAAGAAAAGACGGGGUUCAGAAGAGUCCUCAGUUGAAGCUCUAUUUAUUGACUGUAAUGAGUCAAGAAUGAACAACAGAGUCUCAGGGUUCAGAAUUAGCUCGCUGUAGCAAACAGGCAUCUUAGAGGUCUGAGCGCUUCAGAACCCUGACUUAGGUUCCCUUGAACCCUUUAUACACGCCUAUCUGGACAAAGAGUUUGCUGAUCUGGGUGUUGUCUUCGUGUGAAGGCUGGUUCCUUAUUCUUCUUCAACUGUCACACUAGUGGGUCUGUAUGUCCUCUCUGCUCUUUAGUUUUGUGAUCUCAGACAAAAGUAAUUGCCCAGUGCACAGCACCAACAGUCCUUUUCACUUAGUGCAGAGGAAGACAGGAUAAACAGCUUCACCUCACAUAUGAGGACUCAAUCGCUUCUUUUGAUUAAAUCCUCAGUUUCACACAGCACACACAAAAGGACUUCAUCAGGUUUCCUGACUAAUCCACUACACUGAUGUUUUAAACAAGACCGCAGACACACUGGGUGAAGUUGGUUCUUUCUCUUAUUACUCUAUGUUACUACUCUUUUGUUCAUAGUAUUAAAACUUCUUUUACAUUGUGUUGCAAAUUUUAUAUGUCAUUCAUCUUGCUAGAGUCUAUCAGUAUUGUACCUUAAUUCUUCAACAUUUUAACUGAAUUGUGUUUAAUGUUACUUAUCUGUCUUUAAAAUAUUACAUCCUUCUCAUAGAAAGUCUUCAAAUACAAUAAAGUGAUUCCAAUUCUCUAUUUUCUGUCCCAUCUCAUUGACAUAUUUAUGCUUCUGUGUUCCUGCAGAGCUUCCACAACAACAUGACUGCGAGGAGGACGAGGUUGUCUCAGACCUGCAGCCCUGGAACCAGGAGAGGAACUCCAGUCCGGAACAAGAGGACCCAGAGCCUCUACAGAUUAAAGAGGAAGAGGAGGAAUUCUGCACCGGUCAGGACAGAGAGCAGCUUGAACCAAAGCAGGAGACUGAACACUUGAUGUUAACUCUAACCUGUCAGGAAAGUGAGAACACUGAACCAGAAGUAAAGAAGGAAGACCAGUUCCUUUCUCACAACUCUCAUGAGGCUGCAAACCAAGACCCACAGAAAGACAAGCUCACAGAGUCAGAAUCAACUUCAAAAUCAGAACAACACCCCCCCAAAAAAGUUCACAAAAGAAGAAGUAAGAAGACAAAACAGCCUAAGGUUCGCUCUGAUCCUCAACAAGGUGAAAAGACUUUUAAAUGUGACACAAAUAGGGAAACAUUUACCAGAAAUUCAUAUUUACAGACACAUGUAAGUGUUUUCACUGGUAAGAAGAAGCAUACUUGUGAGAGGUGUGGGGAGAUAUUCAGAUACAAGUAUUUGCUGACUAAUCACGCUAGAUCAAACAAAGGUGAGAAACCAUACUCCUGUGGCACCUGUGGGAAAAGCUUUGGUCAGCCUUCAAAUUUAAAAAGGCACAUGCAUAUUCACUCAGACGAAAAUCCGUUCACCUGUGAAACAUGCGGCAAAUCUUUUUACCAGGAAAGUAACCUGAAAACACACAUGAGAACACACACAGGUGAGAGACCAUACUCCUGCAGCACUUGUGGGAAAAGCUUCAGUGUGAAUUCACAUUUAAAAGAGCACAUGCUUAUUCACUCAGGAGAAAAGCUGUUCACCUGUGAAACAUGCAACAAAUCAUUUGUCAGUACAGGUAGACUGAGAAGGCACAUGAGAACACACACAGGUGAGAGACCGUACUCCUGUGGCACCUGUGGGAAAAGUUUUGGUCAGACUUCACAUUUAAAAAAGCACAUCCUUACUCACUCAGAAGAAAAGUUGUUCACCUGCAAAACUUGCAGCAAAUCUUUUAACAGGAAGGAUCAACUAAAACUGCACAUGACAGCACACACAGAUGAAUGACCGUACUCCUGAUACAUUUGAGGGAGAAGCUUCGGUCUGAAUUCACAUUUAAAAACCCACAUGCGUUCUCAGAUUAGUUGUACUGUUCAAGUCGAAAGAUGUUCACUUAUAAAAGCAUGCAGCAAAUCUUUCUUGAGUAAUGAUUACCUAAGACUGCACACGAGAACACACACAGGUGAGAGACUGUACACCUGUAGCACAUGUGGGUGGAGCUUCACUUUGAAUUCAAAUUUAAAAAAGCAAAUGCUGAUUCACUUAAGAGAAAAGCUGUUUACCUGCAUAACUUGCAACAAAUCUUUUAUCAGUACAAGUCACCUGAGAAUGCACAUGAAAGAGCCCACUGAUGAGAGAUUGUACUCCUGUGGCACCUGUGGGGAAAAGUUCUCUCAGAAAACAUCCUCAGAUUGUCACACCCUAAAACUAUGUACACUACAGGCCAAAAGUUUGGAAGCAAGGCCAUUACAGGCCGAACAGUUGGGGGUAACUUCAAGUUUUUGUUCACAAUGCUUGUUUUUUUAAAUCCAGCAUGAGUUGUAUGUAUUUUGGGAUGUAUUUACUGCAUGAUCAGAUGUUGCUUUCAUGGAAAUGCAUCAUUUGAUUCCAUUUACCUUUAGAUAUACAUUGAUGUUAACAGACUCUUGCUAAAUAUAUGUCAGCAAAAGAAAAUAAGGGCUUAGUCGCAGGGUCCUCACAGACCUUGACUAUGCGGAUGACAUACACAAGUUCCACAAGAACUGCUGAACAGGGUAGAGCUAGAGUGCACCAAGGUUGGCUUUAGGCUAAAUAGGGUUUUGCCUGCUUGUUUCAUGUAAAGCACCUUGAAUUGCCCAGCUGCUGAAAUGUGCUACACAAAUAAACUUGACUUGACUCGACUUGACUUGACUAAAUGCCAAGAAAACCGAGGUCAUCACCUACAACGUUCUACCAGAACAUCAACCUCUGACUACAGCAGGAGGCGCUGUGCUGACAGAAGUCGAGGACUUCAAAUACCUGGGCUCAUGGGUCAACUCAACUAAACGAGAUCUAAAAGUGAGGAAGGCACUUGCAUGGAGACUGGCAGAGUGAGAGCAGUCCUGAGAGCAGAGCUGUCCCCCGCGACCCCCUCCCCGCCUCGUCUCAUACAGUCUGUCAGCCUCUGUGCGGCACCUUCGCAGCAAGCAGGGGCGCCUACAGCAGCACGGGGCGCCAAUUUAACAACAAGAGUUAAUACAAAACCGCUUUAUGGUGCAGAUUUAUUAUUAUUAUCUUUUAUUUUAUUUUUUUUGAAGUGCUCGUGCCGCCCCCCAUGAGUCAUGACACAAAUGCCGCCCCGGGUGGCUGCCCUGUUCGCUUGAGCCUAGAACCGCUUCUGCUCCUCCUUGUGGUGUUGUUGUGAACAUACAGUCAAUAAAUAAUAACAACCCUGUAUGAGUUCAACAAUAACUGUGCUGUGUUAAUGUGGUGCUAUUGUGUCAGUGGUUCUUAAUCUGCCAUAAACGAUCAGAGGAAGAUCAAGGAGUCUGGGGGACACUCUCGGACGUUUACCCCUCCUCUUUUGAUCCCGCGAGCUGUUAUAAUGACCCGGUACCAAAACUCAUCAUGUGGACAGAAAACAGGGGAAAGAAGGGGAAACCUAAGAAUGACAGACGUGUGUUGUUGGAAAAAAAGGUGGUUUCCUAUCAGUUUACGGGGUAGUUUUACGUCUAAUUUCCCAAGCACAGUAAAGAAGGAACGAAGGGGUGUUAAGUCUCUGACUCCAAUUCCUUAACUACCUCUCACCUUUUACCUGCGUGGUCGUUGAUGGGAAGAAGAAAAGACGGGGUUCAGAAGAGUCCUCAGUUGAAGCUCUAUUUAUUGACUGUAAUGAGUCAAGAAUGAACAACAGAGUCUCAGGGUUCAGAAUUAGCUCGCUGUAGCAAACAGGCAUCUUAGAGGUCUGAGCGCUUCAGAACCCUGACUUAGGUUCCCUUGAACCCUUUAUACACGCCUAUCUGGACAAAGAGUUUGCUGAUCUGGGUGUUGUCUUCGUGUGAAGGCUGGUUCCUUAUUCUUCUUCAACUGUCACACUAGUGGGUCUGUAUGUCCUCUCUGCUCUUUAGUUUUGUGAUCUCAGACAAAAGUAAUUGCCCAGUGCACAGCACCAACAGUCCUUUUCACUUAGUGCAGAGGAAGACAGGAUAAACAGCUUCACCUCACAUAUGAGGACUCAAUCGCUUCUUUUGAUUAAAUCCUCAGUUUCACACAGCACACACAAAAGGACUUCAUCAGGUUUCCUGACUAGUCCACUGAUGUUUUAAACAAGACCGCAGACACACUGGGUGAAGUUGGUUCUUUCUCUUAUUACUCUAUGUUACUACUCUUUUGUUCAUAGUAUUAAAACUUCUUUUACAUUGUGUUGCAAAUUUUAUAUGUCAUUCAUCUUGCUAGAGUCUAUCAGUAUUGUACCUUAAUUCUUCAACAUUUUAACUGAAUUGUGUUUAAUGUUACUUAUCUGUCUUUAAAAUAUUACAUCCUUCUCAUAGAAAGUCUUCAAAUACAAUGAAGUGAUUCCAGUUCUCUGUUUUCUGUCCCAUCUCAUUGACAUAUUUAUGCUUCUGUGUUCCUGCAGAUCUUAGACAACAUCAUGACUGCGAGGAGGACGAGGUUGUCUCAGACCUGCAGCCCUGGAACCAGGAGAGGAACUCCAGUCCGGAACAAGAGGACCCAGAGCCUCAACAGAUUAAAGAGGAAGAGGAGGAAUUCUGCACCGGUCAGGACAGAGAGCAGCUUGAACCAAAGCAGGAGACUGAACACUUGAUGUUAACUCUAACCUGUCAGGAAAGUGAGAACACUGAACCAGAAGUAAUAAAGGAAGACCAGUUCCUUUCUCACAACUCUCAUGAGGCUGCAAACCAAGACCCACAGAAAGACAAGCUCACAGAGUCAGAAUCAACUUCAAAAUCAGAACAACACCCCCCCAAAAAAGUUAACAAACGAAGAAGUAAGAAGACAAAACAGCCUAAGGUUCGCUCUGAUCCUCAACAAGGUGAAAAGACUUUUAAAUGUGACACAAAUAGGGAAACAUUUACCAGAAAUUCAUAUUUACAGACACAUGUAAGUGUUUUCACUGGUAAGAAGAAGCAUACUUGUGAGAGGUGUGGGGAGAUAUUCAGAUACAAGUAUUUGCUGACUAAUCACGCUAGAUCACACACAGGUGAGAAACCAUACUCCUGUGGCACCUGUGGGAAAAGCUUCAGAAAUAAUUCAUAUUUAAAAAAGCACAUGCUAAUUCACUCUGGAGAAAAGCUGAACACCUGUGAAACAUGCAACAAAUCAUUUGUCAGUACAGGUAAACUGAGAAGGCACAUGAGAACACACACAGGUGAGAGACCAUACUCCUGUGGCACCUGUGGGAAAAGCUUUGGUCAGCCUUCAAAUUUAAAAAGGCACAUGCUAAUUCACUCAGACGAAAAGCCGUUCACCUGUGAAACAUGCGGCAAAUCAUUUGUCACUACAGGUAACCUGAGAAUACACAUGAGAACACACACAGGUGAGAGACCAUACUCCUGCAGCACUUGUGGGAAAAGCUUCAUGGUGAGUUCACAUUUAAAAGAGCACAAGCUUAUUCACUCAGGAGAAAAGCUGUUCACCUGUGAAACAUGCAACAAAUCAUUUGUCAGUACAGGUAAACUGAGAAGGCACAUGAGAACACACACAGGUGAGAGACCAUACUCCUGUGGCACCUGUGGGAAAAGUUUUUGUCAGAUUUCAAAUUUAAAAUACCACAUGCUAACUCACUCAAGAGAAAAGCUGUUCACUUAAAAUCUUUCUUGAGUAAUGAUAACCUUAGACUGCACAUUAGAACACACACGUGAGAGACUGUACACCUGUAGCACAUGUGGGUAGAGCUUCACUUUGAAUUCAAAUUUAAAAACACACACAGGUGAGAGACCAUACUCCUGUGGCACCUGUGGGAAAAGUUUUGGUCAGACUUCACAUUUAAAAGUGCACAUGCUCAUUCACUUCAGAGAAAAGCUGUUCACCUGCGAAACUUGCAACAAAUCUUUUAUCAGUUCAAGUCACCUGAGAAUGUACAUGACAGUGACACUGAUGAGAGAUUGUACUCCUGUGGCACCUGUGGGGAGAAGUUCUCUCAGAAAACAUACUCAGAUUGUAACACCCCAAAACCAUAUAUGUAUAAAGCCUAUGGCACCUGUGGGAAAUCAUUCGGCAGGAAGAUUUCUUUAGAUGGUGACAUAAGAACCCACACAGGUCAAAUGUGGCAGGUCUAGCAGAUACAGCAGGAAGUUCCAUCAAAAAGUGCAGCAGAAGCUGGUGACUGAAAUCAGAAGUAAAUGUCAUGGUGUGAAGUCAGAAUACAGUUGGAGUUUAUGUGAACUGGAUUCUCUGUUCUGUGGAAGUUCAACCCUACACAUGACAUGUUAGGGGAAUGAGGUCUCAGCUAAUUAAAUACCAUCUGUUUUCUUCCCCUGGAUGAACAAAUGUUCUUUUCUUUUUUACUCACGAGCUACUUUGGUUGGCUGUUUCUUUUUCCAGAAUAUUUGUAUCUGUUUAUUUGUUGUAAAAACUUGUUUAUAUAAUAAUCUACAAGAAAUUUGAUUUAGUUGACUGUAGCUGUAAUGCUGAUAAAGGUUAGUGAUGAGAAUAUGGUGACCAAUAAACUUGGACUGUCAAAAUAAAGUUCAUAGUAAUGCAUUUGUAUCCUGAUUUCACAGAAGUGAACCAAAAGAGGACAGAGCUUUAAAACCGGAUGGUCCUGAUCUUCAGGCCCUCAGACUGCACUGCAUUAAAAACAGACUGGACUCUGGAGUGGAAUUCACUGCAUGGGCUCAAAAUCACUUCAAAACGCAUUGACUGUGAACACAGUUCUUCACUGUAUCCACAGAUGAGGUUCAAACUGCAAAUGAAGAAUCAUUUAUUGAUCAGUAGGUGGGUGAGAUGAUUGAUGAGGACAAGGCUGGAGAUCGAUCUGUUAUACUGAUUUCGUAAGAAUAACAGACUGGAUGCUUUACAAGGAGGGCUCAAAACCAUUGUUCUUACUCUGUUAACCAUUGUUAUCUGCGAGGAAAUACGUGCAGUCAUUUUUGCUGUUCACAAAAAGGGCUUCACUGGGAAGGAUGUUGCUGCUAGUCAGAUUGCACCUGAAACAAUCCUUUAUCAGAUCAUCAAGAACUUCAAGGAGAGAGGUUCAAUUAUUGUGAAGAAGGCUUCAGGGUGCCUAAGGAAGUCCAUCAAGAGCCAGGACUGCCUCCUAAAGUUGAUUUAGCUGCAAGAUCGGGGCAUCACACGUGCAGAGCUUGCUCAGGAAUGGCAACAAGCAGGUGUGAGUGAAUGUGCACGUACAGUGAGGUGAAGACUUUUGGAGGAAUAAGAAGAACUUUAUUAAUCCCCAAAGGGAAAUUUAAUUGUCUGUUGUGUCACAUAAUAUGUCUUAAAAACUUAUCUACUAUUUACACAAGAGUUAUAAAGUCUGAUGGAUGUUGGUACAAAAGAUCUUCUGAAUCUUUCUGUCCUGCAGCAAAGAGAGAGGAGCCGUCCACCACCAUUGGCCCUUUGGUCCAUCAAGGUGUUGUGAAGUGGGUGAUCCAUGUUCUUUAGAAUAGACCCUCCUCAGUGUAGAUCUCUCCACCACAUCCUCCACUGAGUCAAGCUUGAGUCCAACCACAGAUGCAGCCUUUUCCACCAGUGUGUUAAGACGUCUUGUAUCUUUGUGUUUGAUGCUUCCUUCCCAGCAGACUGCAGCAUAGAACUGAACUCUGGCCACCAGGGUUUUCAUGGUGUAUGAAGUGAGGGCCACUGGUCUGUAGUCAUUGAAUUCAGCAGGUCAUUUUGGUUUUGGUUUUGGCAAAACGCAGGAUGUUUUCCACAGCUGUAGACUCAGGUUGAAGAUCUUGUGGAGUUCUGCAGCACAGUCUCUAAUCAGCCUUGGACACACACCAUCUGGACCAGCUGCCUUCCCAGGACAAAGUCUUCCAAGCUCCAUCCUCACCCCUGUUGCCUGGAGUCAAGAAGAGCAGCAAAGAAGCCACUUCUCUUCUCUCCAGAAAAAAACAAAAAAACAACAAAAAAAAACAUCAGAGACAGAAUGAAAUCUUGCAAAAGCACAGAGAUUGGAUUGCUGAGGACUGGGGUAAAGUCACUUUCUCUGAUGAAUCCCCUUUUCAGUCGUUUGGGGCAUCUGGAAAAAAAAAAGCUUGUUUGGAGAAGAAAAGGUGAACAAUUAAAAAAUUAGGAAAAAAGAAAGACACCGUGGAGGGCCGUACAGUCUAUGAUGCCGACUAAAGGGGGCAAAGAGGAGGGCGGAACAUUUGGUUGCCGCAGCUCCGCUUACGGAACUUUAUUGGUGUGACACACGAAGGAAGUAAACAAACAGCGAGGCUCUUAGAAAGAAGCUGAGAUAUCUGAGGACAAUCCAGGUUUCACAUCGCAACCUUCUUUACGAUCUGUAACGAAACAACGAUGUCUGUUGCUGAAUCUCUCCGAGAGUUUGUGACCGAGCGGCUCGCUGCUGCUACUGAAGACAUUUUGGGAGUUUUGAACAGAACUGUGGUCCAGUACGAGGAAGAGCUGGACCGUCAACGCAGACUGCUGGAUUUGGUUUGGAAACCUCACAUUCACUUACACAGAAUCGGUAAGAAGAGCCAAGUUUAGACUGAAUAAUGAAGCAGAAGCUCGGUUUAGAUCAGGGCUGCCUCUCCUCUCGGUUUCCAUGUAUAAAUACUGUGAAUAAAGGCGGAGGAACAACCCUGUAUGAGUUCAACAAUAACUGUGCUGUGUUAAUGUGGUGCUAUUGUGUCAGUGGUUCUUAAUCUGCCGUUAACGAUCAGAGGAAGAUCAAGGAGUCCGGGGGACGCUCUCGGACGUUGACCCCGUCCUCUUUUGUUCCCGCGAGCUGUUAUAAUGACCCGGUACCAAAACUCAUCAUGUGGACAGAAAACAGGGGAAAGAAGGGGAAACCUAAGAAUAACAGACAUGUGUGUUGUUGGAAAAAAGGUGGUUUACUGUCGUCUUACGGGUUAGUUUUACGUCCAACUUAUUUGACUCCAACAGGAAGGCCUUAAGUAACUCCUGUACACAAAGCUUAGUCCUUUGAGUUCAUCACAUACCCCCCUGGGUGUCUUUUGUUUGUAUAGAUAUAAACCAGUUUGGCCUCUGUGAGCUCUAUUAAUGGAUACUAUGUUAACUAAUUGCCAUUUUGAUUCUCUUGAAGUACAAAAUGUUUAAAAGUGCCUGAUGGAUGUGCUUCUAAGAUGACGACAAAGUACCUUUUAAAUGCUUUUGUAGUUAAGUAAUGUAGACAGAAUGCCUUCUGACUUUAGUUUUGUGAUCUCAGACAACAGUAGAUGUCCAGUGCACAGCACCAACAGUCCUUUUCACUUUAAGCAGAGGAAGGCAGGAUAAGCAGCUUCACCUCACAAAUGAGGACUGCUGUGUUCUCAUAAAGUAAUAUUAGUCUGUAAUACAUUUUAUAAUCUUGAUUUUACUCGUUCUCUUUAUGUUACAACUUAUCUUACUACUCUUUUCUCCAUUGUAUUAAAACUUAUUUUGCAUUGUGUUGCUAAUUUUAUGUCGUUUAUCAUGCAAGAGUCUGUCAGUAUUGCACCUCAAUUCUUCAACAUUUUAACUGAAUUGUGUUUAAUAUUACAACUCUGUCCUUGAGAUAUUGCAUCCUUCUUGUGAUUCCAAUUCUCUGUUUUCUGUCCCAUCUCAUUGACAUAUUUAUGCUUCUGUGUUCCUGCAGAUCUUCCACAACAACAUGACUGUAAGGAGGAGGACGAGGUUGUCUCAGACCUGCAGCCCUGGAACCAGGAGAGGAACUCCAGUCCAGAACAAGAGGACCCAGAGCCUCAACAGAUUAAAGAGGAAGAGGAGGAAUUCUGCACCGGUCAGGACAGAGAGCAGCUUGAACCAAAGCAGGAGACUGAACACUUGAUGUUAACUCUAACCUGCCAUGAACCAGAAGUAAAGAAGGAAGACCAGUUCCUGUCUCACAACUCUCAUGAGGCUGCAAACCAAGACCCACAGAAAGACAAGCUCACAGAGUCAGAAUCAACUUCAAAAUCAGAACAACAUCCCCCAAAAAAAGUUUACAAAAGAAGAAGUAAGAAGACAAAACAGCCUAAGGUUCACUCUGAUUGUCAACAAGGUGAAAAGACUUUAAAUGUGACACAAAUAGGGAAACAUUUACGAGCAAUUCAAAUUUACAGACACAUCGAAGUGUUCCCACUGGUAAGAAGAAGCAUACUUGUGAGAGGUGUGGGAAGAGAUUCAGAUACAAAUAUUUGACAUAUUUAUGCUUCUGUGUUCCUGCAGAUCUUAGACAACAACAUGACUGUGAGGAGGACGAGGUUGUCUCAGACCUGCAGCCCUGGAACCAGGAGAGGAACUCCAGCCCGGAACAAGAGGACCCAGAGCCUCUACAGAUUAAAGAGGAAGAGGAGGAAUUCUGCACCGGUCAGGACAGAGAGCAGCUGGAACCAAAGCAGGAGACUGAACACUUGAUGUUAACUCUAACCUGCCAUGAACCAGAAGUAAAGAAGGAAGACCAGUUCCUUUCUCACAACUCUCAUGAGGCUGCAAAAAAGCAUACAAUCAGCAAAACAUGCAACAAAUCUUUUAAUGGUACAAGUAGCCUGAGAACGCACAUGAGAACACACACAGGUGAGAGACCGUACUCCUGUAGAACUUGUGGAAAAAGUUUCGUUUUGAGUUCACAUUUAAAAAGGCACAUGCUUAUUCACUCAGAAGAAAAGCUGUUCACAUGUGAAACAUGCAGCAAAUCUUUUACUAGUUCAAGUAGCCUGAAAAAGCACAUGAGAACACACACAGGUGAGAGACCGUACUCCUGUGGCACCUGUGGGAAAAGCUUUUAUCAGAAUUCACAUUUACAAUCACACAUGCUAACUCACUCAGAAGAAAAGUUGUUCACCUGCAAAACAUGCAGCAAAUCUUAUAAGAGGAAGGAUCUACUAAAACGGCACAUGAGAACACACACAGAUGAGAAACUGUACAGCUGUAGUACCUGUGGGAUGAGCUGCACUUUGAAUUAUAAUCUAAAAAAGCACAUGGUUAUUCACUUAAGAGACAAAAUGUUUGCCUCACAACAAAUUGUCGAUCAGUACAAGUCACCUGAGAAUGUACAUGACAGAGCACACUGAUGAGAGAUUGUACUCCUGUGGCACCUGUGGGGAAAAGUUCUCUCAGAAAACAUCCUCAGAUUGUAACACCCUAAAACCAUAUAGGUAAAAAGCCUAUGGCACCUGUGGAAAAUCAUCGGCAGGAAGACCUCUUUAGAUGGUCACAUAAGAACCCACACAGGUCAAAUGUGGCAGGUCUGUCAGAUACAGCAGGAAGUUCCAUCAAAAAGUGCAACAGAAGCUGGUGACUGAUAUCAGAAGUAAAUGUCAUGGUGUGAACUCAGAAUACAGUUGGAGUUUAUGUGAACUGGAUUCUCUGUUCUGUGCAAGUUCAACCCUACAUAAGACAUGUUAGGGGAAUGAGGUCUCAGCUAAUUAAAUACCAUCUGUUUUCUUUCCCUGGAUGAACAAAUGUUCUUUUCUUUUUUACUCAUGAGCUACUCUGGUUGGCUGUUUCUUUUUCCAGAAUAUUUGUAUCUGUUCAUUUGUUGUAAUAACUUGUUUAUAUGAUAAUCUACAACAAAUUUGAUUUAGUUGACUGUAGCUGUAAUGCUGAUAAAGGUAAGUGAUGAGAAUGUGGUGACCAAUAAACUUGGACUGUCAAAAUAAAAUUCAUAGUAAUGCAUUUGUAUCCUGAUUUCACAGAAGUGAACCAAAAGAGGACAGAGCUUUAAAUCAAAACUGGAUGGUCUUGAUCUUCAGGCCCUCAGACUGCACUGCAGUAAAAACAGACUGGACUCUGGAGUGGAAUUCACUGCAUGGGUUUUUUGAGGACUGGGGUAAAGUCAUUUUCUCUGAUGAAUCCCCUUUUCAAUCGUUUGGGUCAUCUGGAAAAAAAGCUUGUUGGGAGAAAAAAAAGGUGAGCAAUUAAAAAAUUAGAUAAGGAAAAAAGAAAGACACCGUGGAGGGCCGUACAGUCUGCCGACUGAAAGGGGGCAAAGAGGAGAGCGGAACAUCUGGUUGCCGCAGCUCCGCUUACGGAACUUUAUUGGUGUGACACACGGCGGAAGUAAACAGCGUGGCUCUUAGAACGAAGCUGAGAUAUCUGAGGACAAUCCAGUUUUCACUGCGCAAACUUCUUUAAAAUCUGUAACGAACCAACGAUGUCUGUUGCUGAAUCUCUCCGAGAGUUUGUGACCGAGCGGCUCGCUGCUGCUACUGAAGACAUUUUGGGAGUUUUGAACAGAACUGUGGUCCAGUACGAGGAAGAGCUGGACCGUCAACGCAGACUGCUGGAUUUGGUUUGGAAACCUCACAUUCUCUUACACAGAAUCGGUAAGAAGAUCCAAGUUUAGACUGAAUAAUGAAGCAAAAGCUCGGUUUAGAUCAGGGCUGCCUCUCCUCUCGGUUUCCAUGUACAAAUAUUGUGAAUAAAGACGGAGGAACAACCCUGUAUGAGUUCAACAAUAACUGUGCUGUGUUAAUGUGGUGCUAUUGUGUCAGUGGUUCUUAAUCUGCCGUUAACGAUCAGAGGAAGAUCAAGGAGUCCGGGGGACGCUCUCGGACGUUGACCCCGUCCUCUUUUGUUCCCGCGAGCUGUUAUAAUGACCCGGUACCAAAACUCAUCAUGUGGACAGAAAACAGGGGAAAGAAGGGGAAACCUUUUUUUUAUUUUUAUUUUUUUUAUUUUUUUAUUGAACAAGACAGACAGUACAACCAACGAGAGACACAUCACAACAAUAACGACAAAAACAGAAAACAAAACACAACCAUACAACAGCCAGAGGACUUACAGUUCAAUGGUACAGAAUUUCUUCAUGAUAGAGUAAGUUUUGGUAGCUUUCUUGUUCUUAAUGUCCUUGAUCGUGGCAGCAUAACGGAGCAGUUCAUUUUUGAAGGGUGCAAUGUUUGGCUUGGAUUUGGCCCAUUUGUUUUUGUGAAUAUGGAAUUUCCCCAAGCUCAGGAUCAACUGACAAAAAAAGCACAGAUCUUUGUCCUGGUCAUCAUAAUAAAUAAAAAUAUAUGUUUUUCCUGGAAACUGAUCAUUCUUCCUGUUUUCUCGUGCACAAAUUGUUGGACAUCAAUCCAAAAGGUUUUACUGUAGGUACAAUGAUAGAAUAAAUGAGAGAUGGUUUCAUCUUCAAGUCCACAGAAAUCACAUAAAUAUUCAAUGUCCAGUUUGAAUCUUUCAAGAGUUUUCUUUGCAGGGUAAAUCUGAUGUAAUAUUGUAAAAGAGACUUCUUUGACCUUGUUAUUGAGACAGAAUUUUUCACCAACCAGCCAUGCAUUGCUCCAGUUAAUUUCUCCCAAUUGUACAGACCAGUUAGUUUGACCUCUAGGCAGUGUCUUUGGUUGUAGGCAGCUUCUCAACAGUCUAUUCGAGCAGGCUCUUUUUGUAAUGUCUAUUCCGCCCACAAAUAUAUCACAGGUGUAAUUUCCUGGAAUAGCAGCCGUUCUUUCAGACCCUUUAAGAAGUUGUAGCACCCCCUAGAAGGGGAAACCUAAGAAUGACAGACAUGUGAGUGUUGUUGGAAAAAAGGUGGUUUACUUUCACUUUACGGGUUAGUUUUACGUGACUCCUGUACACAAAGCUGAGCCCUUUGAGUUCAUCACAUACCCCCCUGGGUAUCUUUUGUUUGUAUAGAUGUAAACCAGUUUGGCCUCUGUGAGCUCUAUUAAUGGAUACUAUGUUAACUAAAUGCCAUUUUGAUUCUCCUGAAGUACAAAAUGUUUAAAAAGUACCUGCUGGAUGUGCUUCCAAGAUGACGACAAAGUACCUUUUAAAUGCUUUUGUAGUUAAGUAAUGUGGACAGAAUGCCUUCUGACUUUAGUUUUGUGAUCUCAGACAACAGUAGAUGUCCAGUGCACAGCACCAACAGUCCUUUUCACUUUAAGCAGAGGAAGACAGGAUAAACAGCUUCACCUCACAAAUGUGGACUGCUGUAUUCUCAUAAAGUAAUAUUAGUCUGUAAUACAUUUUAUAAUCUUGAUUUUUCUCGUUCUCUUUAUGUUACAACUUAUCUUCCUACUCUUUUCUCCAUUGUAUUAAAACUUAUUUUGCAUUGUGUUGCUAAUUUUAUGUCGUUUAUCAUGCUAGAGUCUGUCAGUAUUGUACCUCAAUUCUUCAACAUUUUAACUGAAUUGUGUUUAAUAUUAGUUCUCUGUCCUUGAGAUAUUGCAUCCUUCUUGUGAUUCCAAUUCUCUGUUGUCUGUCCCAUCUCAUUGACAUAUUUAUGCUUCUGUGUUCCUGCAGAUCUUCCACAACAACAUGACUGUAAGGAGGAGGACGAGGUUGUCUCAGACCUGCAGCCCUGGAACCAGGAGAGGAACUCCAGUCCAGAACAAGAGGACCCAGAGCCUCUACAGAUUAAAGAGGAAGAGGAGGAAUUCUGCACCGGUCAGGACAGAGAGCAGCUUGAACCAAAGCAGGAGACCGACCAGUUCCUGUCUCACAACUCUCAUGAGGCUGCAAACCAAGACCCACAGAAAGACAAGCUCACAGAGUCAGAAUCAACUUCAAAAUCAAAACAACACCCCCCCAAAAAAGUUCACAAACGAAGAAGUAAGAAGACAAAACAGCCUAAGGUUCACUCUGAUCCUCAACAAGGUGAAAAGACUUUUAAAUGUGACACAAAUAGGGAAACAUUUACCAGCAAUUCAAAUGUACAGACACAUCGAAGUGUCCCCACUGGUAAGAAGAAGCAUGCUUGCGAGAGGUGUGGGGAGAUAUUCAGAUACAAGUAUUUGCUGACAAAUCACGCAAGAUCACACACAGGUGAGAAACCAUACUCCUGUGGGAAAAGCUUCAAGUGGAAACCAGAUUUAAAAAAGCAAAUGCAUACAAUCUGUAAAACAUGCAACAAAUCUUUUAGUAGUACAAGAAACCUGAGAAAGCACAUGAGAACACACACAGGUGAGAAACCAUACUCCUGUGACACCUGUGGGAAAAGCUUUGGUUGGACUUCAGAUUUAAAAAAGCACAUGCUAAUUCAUUCAAGAAAAAAGCUGUUCACCUGUGAAACAUGCAACGAAUCUUUUGUCAGUACAAGUGACCUGACAAAGCACAUGAGAACACACACAGGUGAGAGACCAUACUCCUGUGGCACCUGUGGGAAAAGCUUCGUGGUGAAUUCAAGUUUGAAAUACCACAUGCUAAUUCACUCUGGAGAAAAGCAAAACACCUGCAAAGCAUGCAACAAAUCUUUUGUUUCUGCAGGUAACCUGAGAACGCACAUGAGAAAACACACAGGUGAGAGACCAUACUCCUGCAGCACUUGUGGGAAAAGCUUCAUGGUGAGUUCACAUUUAAAACAGCACAUGCUUAUUCACUCAGGAGAAAAGCUGUUCACCUGUGAAACAUGCAACAAAUCUUUUUACAAUAAAACUAGACUGAAAAUGCACAUGAGAUCACACACAGGUGAGAGACCAUACUCCUGUGGCACCUGUGGGAAAAGCUUUGGUCAGACUUCAAUUUUAAGAGCGCACAUGCUUAUUCAUUCAGGAGAAAAGCUGUUCACCUGUGAAACAUGCAGCAAAUCUUUUUACACUUCAGAUAAACUGAGAAAGCACAUGAGAACACACACAGGUGAGAGACUGUACACCUGUGGCACUUGUGGGGAAAAGUUCUCUCGAAAAACACUCUUUGAUCAUCACACCCAAACACAUUUAGGUAAAAAGCCUGUGGUGCUUAAAGGAAACCAUGAGGCAGGGGGACCUCUUUAG